AUGAAAGUCAACUUUCAAGCAGUUAUCACCCUUAGGAGUGGUAAAACAUCAGAGAAGUCGGUAGAACCACCUAAGGAUAGUAAUCCAGCUGAAAAAGAGACCGAGGUUGACCAAACUUCGUCUAAAGACUCUAAUGAUCUUGAGAGUGCCAAGCGUCCAAGUGAGGAAGCUACCCCUGAGAGAGUGUACAUACAACCUUCACCAUUUCCUCAGAGACUCGCUAAGAAAAAGCCUAGUACAUAUGCUGAAAUCCUAGACAUCUUUAAGAAAGUUAAGAUUAACCUUCCCUUGUUAGAUGAAAUUAAACAUGUACCGACUAUGGUCAAGUUCCUAAAAGAGAUGUGUACUGUCAAGAGAGACGCGAGUGUCCACAAAAAGGCGUUUUUUACCCAACAAGUUAGUUCCAUAAUCUCACAAAAGUACCCGGUCAAAUUUAAAGAUCCUGGUUGUCCUACUGUCACAUGUGUCAUAGGUAAACACACGAUAGACAAUGCUCUAUUAGAUCUUGGGGCUAGUGUGAAUCUUUUACCGUUCUCGGUAUAUGAACAACUUGGACUAGGUAAGAUGAAACUAACUCGGAUAACACUACAGUUAUCCGAUAGGUCAGUCAAAAUCCCACGUGGAAUUAUUGAAGACGUUUUGGUUCAGGUAGAAAACUUUAUCUAUCCAGUUGACUUUGUGAUUUUGGACACUCAACCCGUCUCUCGUCAAGAUAUCAAUAUCCCAAUCAUCCUAGGUCGUCCAUUUUGA